GACUGUUUAGCAGCACCCAUCUGAGGUUCACAGCACACCCGUUCUCCUGAGGCUGCUUCUAAGUGUGCUGCUGAGCUGCACAGCAGUUCCAGCCCCGGCACUGCUGCACAGGAGGGGAGCAGGAACAGCACGAGUGCAGCAGGCAGACCUGGGGACACAGCUCAGUGCUACUUUGGCUCCUCGUGUGAGUGUGAGUGCAAUGGCAGGACAUCAAAGCAAAGGAUCCAAGCUGAGCAUCAUCCUCGUGGGCAAGACAGGGAGUGGGAAGAGUGCGACAGGGAACACCAUCCUUGGGAAGAAGGCAUUUCUUUCUACAUUGACAGCACAGUCACUAACCCGAGAGUAUGAGAAAGCCGAAGACUGCUUUGCUGGAAGACCAAUUGAAGUUGUCGACACUCCUGGCCUAUUUGAUACAAGGGAAGCCAAUGAAAAAACCGCUGAAAAGAUUAAGAAUGCCUUUCAGUACCUGUAUGCAGGAGUCCAUGCCAUCAUCCUGGUGAUGCAGCUGGGCCGAAUCAGUCAGGAAGAGCAGGAAGUGGCCGAGUGGGUGACCAAGAUUUUCAAUACUAAAGCAGAGAAGUACACAAUCCUGUUAUUCACCCGAGCAGAAGAGCUGGAGCAUCCAGAAGCCCUGAAGGCUUUCAUAGAAGGGAGCUCAUAUCUCAAGGGUUUGGCAGAAAAGUGUGGAAAUCGGUACAUCGGUUUCAGCAACAAAGCCACCAGAGAGGCGAGGGAUGGGCAGGUUGCAGAGCUCAUCCACAUAAUUGAUGCCAUGGUAGAGAAGAAUGGCGAUGCUCCGCAUUACACACGAGAAAUGCUGGAGGAAGACAGACAGAAAUUCCGUAGAAGGUUUUGUACCAUCCUGUAGGCAGUGAGGGGUCGGUCCGGGAGGAGACAUCUCCUCCAUUGUGCCGUCCCUGCUGCGCUCUGAAGAUGACGCUCUCCUUCCUGGCUUGCAGUUCCCAUCCUUCCCCCUCCAUGCCCUGCGCUUUCCCCUGCCCUGUGUCACUGCUUUCCCUGCGGGCUGCAGGUGCUCAAUGUGUGUGUUCUGCUGUGUCGCUGCGCUCUGCUGCUCUCAGCACCGCUGCGCUGAUGCUCUUCAUUGGCCAUCUGCUGAGAGCCGGGGCUGGAAGGAGCUGUGCAGGGCUGGGGGGCUCGUGGUGCUCGUGUCCGUCCCACCGCAGUGGGCGCUGCCGGUGCCGUGGCUGCAGGGGCUCUGCCUUCACGGGACGAUGCAGGGUGUGCUGUGCACUGCUGGACACAUAGGAGCUCUCAAUAAACGCUGAGCCUUGCCGUGCUGUGGA